UUCCCUGAAUCUUCUUAUCAAUACACACGGAUGGAAAAAAAAUAUUCCAAAUCCCUCAGCCGCCCACAACAUAAAUCAUAAUACAUACACGGAAACAGAUUCUUAGCAGCUAAGAAUAAUUAAUCAUGCUUCGGUAUAUAAGAACAUUGUUUCUUCUUCGACCUGAGCCUUGGACUGAAAAUGGAUAAUCAGAGAUCAGUUCGGGAAUCAUUUGCUGAAUAUUUUGAGGGUUGGGUGGUUCAACACAGGAGCUACCUCGACAAGCUCGUAGCGAUAGCCACUCAAAAUGAAACCGAAGAAGAUUCAGUGAGGCAUUUGGUCGACCAGGUGUUGUGCCACUACCAAGAGUACUACGAUGAGAAAAGCAAAGCAGCUGACUCCGAUGUUUUUCUCAUGUUUUCUCCGCCUUGGUUCAGUUCUUUCGAGCGGACGCUUUUAUGGGCAACUGGGUUUAGACCAUCGAUGGCGUUUCGGUUAAUUAGGGAGUCGGUGGGUGGGGAAUUGAGUGAAGAACAGAAUGAGAGGAUUGCGGUGGUGAGAGAGAAGACACGGCGGUUGGAGAGGGAGAUUUCGGAGGCUCUGGCGAGUGUGCAAGAGAGCGUUGCGGCACAGCCGUUCUCCGAUUUGGUGAAGAGGGAAGCGAGAUUGGUUGAUGGGGAGGCGUCUGAAAUGGAAGAUGCAUUCGGGGACUUGAAGGCGGCGAUGCUGGCUGUAAUGAGAGAUGCUGACUGUCUCCGGCAACAUACCGCCGGAGAAGUGUUGGAGGUGCUGACUCCGGCUCAGAAAGUGAGGUUUUUGGCCGGAACUUCGCAAUUUUGGCUUCAGUCGAGGAGACUUGGUAUGGAGAGAGAUAAACAGAAUGAACUUUCAAGAAAAGCCAUCACUUAGCUAAUCGAUUUUAUUUUAAUGGGGUCCAAUGGAGUAUUAUUUUGGUCCCUAAUGAGUGUUUUAGGACUAAGAUAUGAUAAUCUCUAUAAUAGAGCAUCAACAAUUUUGGAUCGAUUUAUUAUUAUUUUGUAAGUUUUCAUAUGGUUUUGACUCAUAUGUAACAUGCAAAAAUGUGAUUCAUAUGAUGAUUGCGAGGAUUUGAUA